GAUUCACUCUGGCUUCCUGUGGAUAACAGGGUGGGGAAAAAGAAUGUAAGAUUGUAAUACUUAACUCUAGAUUUAGGGGCUCUAAAGUUAGGGAUUGCUUUUAUUUUGUUUUGCUGGAUUUUCCUCCUGUGUCUGUAUGGGGCCCAGUAUACAGUGGGGCAUAAUAACGGAAAGGUAGAGAUUCUCUCCCACCUCACUCCCCCUGCAUAAUGAAGAGAUUAUCAACCAAUGCUUGCUACAUUCCAAGAACACCUUAUCCUUGUGUACAUGAUGACUUGGCCUGGGAAGAGAGAGGUCUGCUCAAAAUGCAAAGCGAGAACAUGGAACCAGUAAAUUACUAUGUUGGAAUUGACGUUGGCACAGCGAGUGUCCGUGCGGCUUUGGUAGACCAGGUUGGGACAGUAGUGGCUUAUGCAGACCAGCCAAUUCAAAUUUGGGCACCGCAACCAGACCACUAUGAGCAAUCCUCUGAUGACAUCUGGGCUGCAUGUUGUACAGUCACAAAGAAGGUUAUCCAAGGGAUAAAUAUUUCCCACAUUCGAGGACUUGGCUUUGAUGCUACCUGUUCCCUUGUUGUUUUGGACAACCAUUUCCAACCCUUGGCAGUAAACUCUGAAGGACAACACAACCGAAAUAUCAUCAUGUGGAUGGACCAUCGUGCAGCUGAUCAAGUAGCACGCAUCAAUGGGACACAGCACAAUGUCUUGCGCUUUGUUGGCGGUGCAAUGUCUGUUGAGAUGCAGCCGCCCAAGUUGCUGUGGGUGAAAGAAAAUUUGCGAGAGUCAUGCUGGGAAAAGGCAGAAUACUUCUUUGAUCUUCCGGAUUUCUUAUCGUGGAAAGCAACAGGUGCCACUGCAAGAUCUUUGUGCACAUUGGUAUGUAAAUGGACAUACUCUUCGGAGAAAGGCUGGGAUGAUAGUUUCUGGAAGCUGAUUGGAUUAGAAGAUCUGGUGGCAAAUAAAUAUGCAAAAAUAGGAAAUGAAGUUCUCACUCCAGGAGCUCCAGUUGGAAAUGGGCUAACAUCAGAGGCUGCCAAAGCCCUUGGCCUUUCUAAGGGGAUUGCUGUAGCUACUUCUCUCAUCGAUGCACAUGCUGGAGGAAUAGGCAUGAUUGGAGCCAGUGUGGAAGGACACAACUUGCCCUGUGAAAAACAACCAAUUACAUCCCGAAUUGCUGUGAUAUGUGGAACAUCUUCAUGCCACAUGGUGAUAUGCAAGUCCCCUGUAUUUGUCCCUGGUGUUUGGGGGCCCUAUUACUCAGCAAUGGUGCCAGGUUUCUGGCUAAAUGAGGGAGGCCAAAGUGCUACAGGAAAACUGAUAGAGCAUGUCAUCCGAGGACACGCUGCUUUCCCAGAACUACAGACAAAAUCUGCAGCCAGUGCUCAAAGUAUAUAUACAUACUUGAAUGGUCACCUGGAUCUGAUUAAGAAAUCUUUGCCUGUGGGUUUCCUCACUGUUGAUUUACAUGUUUGGCCAGAUUUCCAUGGCAACAGAUCUCCCCUCUCGGAUCUUACUCUAAAGGGCAUGGUGGUGGGACUGACAUUCUCUCAAGGUCUUGAUGAUCUUGCUGUUAUGUACCUGGCCACAAUUCAGGCCAUUGCGCUGGGAACAAGGCAUAUAGUGGAAACGAUGCAUGCUGCAGGGCAUAAUGUCAACACUCUGUUCAUGUGUGGUGGACUGAGCAAGAACCCUCUCUUUGUGCAGAUGCAUGCAGACAUCAUUGGCAUGCCUGUUGUCCUGGCACAUGAGGUGGAGUCUGUUCUACUGGGUGCUGCUAUUCUUGGAGCUUGUGCUUCUAAAGAUUUUGGUUCUCUACAGGCAAAUUGAAUAGUCUGGCCGCCCUCCCCUCUAGCUAAGUUGAAGAGAAACUUCAAGAUGUAUGCUAGAGAGUUGGAAACUUGAUCCACCACAUUAAUUCCUCAUCUGGGAUUUGAACUCUUGCUAUCCCAGUGCAGGAGAUCAGAGUGUUCUGUAAGGAAACACAGGCAUGUAGAGUCACUGUGCUAGCUGUCUGAAAUGCCUGGGGUUUUUUUAAAUGAAUUUUUUGAAAGGACAUGAUGAUUACUUCGUCUGGGGAUUUGACACCAGCAAUCUGAACCACGAGGACAUACUUCAGCAAGCCUUUUUCAUAAGGAUGUUUGCUACCUCGCACGUACAGUUCUGCCCUUAAUCCUGGAAGAUGGUUGAAGAAGUCAGACUGCAGCUCUAAGCAUCCUGACACAAAAAAAUAAGUCCCGCUGAAAUCACUGAGACCUCCUUCAACAAAAACAUGUGAAUGGUCUGGAAGCACUUGAAGCUAAGAAGUAUGAAUCAGAUCAGGAGGACACUGGGAACCCCAUGAAAACUGUUCUGAACUUUGUAAAGGAAGAAAAGGGUG